AGGACCCUGCCAGAGGCCGUGGAUACGAGAUCAACCCUUAAAGGGUAGACAGCCACCAAACAAUAAACAAGGAAACAGGAAACAGAGUCAGCAAAAAUGGCCUCGACGAUAGCAGCGGCUACGAAAGUCUCCCGGAAGAUGUUCCGUGAACUUCACGGUGUCGUCGUGACCUCUGGCCUGAUUGAUAAGACGGUCAAGGUUAGGGUAGGCGGGCAGAAGUUCAACAAGUUCCUUCAGAAGCACUUCGACGACCCAAAACAAUACCUGGUCCACGACCCCAACAACUCUCUCCGUGCCGGUGACGUGGUCGCCAUCAUGCCCGGCUUUAUCACCAGCAAAUCCAAGCGGCACGUGGUCAAGCAUAUCAUUGCGCCCGCCGGCACGCCGAUCAAGGAGCGCCCGCCCAUCCCUUCACUGGAUGAGCUCUGGGACGCCAAGGACGCGGCAAAGGCGGCCAAGAAGGAGCGCAAGGUGCUGCGGGAAAAGAUCCAGGCAGCUGAGGAGGCGAUUGAGCUUGCUGAGAGAAUGGCCCGCCACGCCGUGAGGGAGAUUGCGAUGCGCGAGAAGAUCAUCAGCUUACAAAAGGUUGAUUGAGGAACGCAGUGUGGACAAGCCGAGUGACGAAGACGAGGGACCAGGAUUGGAGCGAGAUGCAUUCCGACAUACGUCGGUUCAUGCACGUCCUCACUAGUUGUGUCUUUUGCUAAAGGAUGGUGUUGACGUUGGGGGAGGCGAGAGAAGGGG